CGUAAAUUGAUUUAUUAUUUCAUCAUUCCCAUUGUUUACAUAAGUAAGAGGUUAUUUAUUUUAACAUUAUAAAAGUAACUUAAGAAGAAAAAUAAUUUAAAAAUGGAAGAAAGAGCUACCGUUUUAGAAAGUAUGAGUUCUAAGCCACCCUUGAGAUCUUAUUCAGCACCAUUGUUUGCAGGUGCAAUAGCAGGAUUGUCAGUAGAUGUAGCCCUCUAUCCGCUGGACACAUUGAAAACCAGGUUGCAGAGCCAGCAAGGGUUUUACAAGGCUGGCGGCUUUAAAGGUGUUUAUAGAGGUUUAUUAACAGUGGCUACAAGUUCGAUGCCCUCAACAGCUUUAUUCUUCGUCUCGUAUGAAGCUACCAAGACGCUGGCUACACCGUUGGUCACUCCGCAGUACCUACCUUUCGUGCAUAUGCUAUCGGCAAGUGUGGGGGAAGUGCUUGCCUGUGUCAUCAGGGUACCCACAGAGGUGGCGAAGCAAAGGAAACAAACAUACGUUGGGACUGAGAAGAAAAGCAGUAUUGGGAUUAUACUUCAGGCAUUUCGCACAGAUGGCGUUCGCAACGGUGUAUACAGGGGGUUCUUUUCGACCGUAAUCAGAGAUUUACCGUUCAGUUUUAUAGAGUUACCCCUUUGGGAGUGGAUGAAAAGCGUUGUUAGAGAGAGGAAUGACGGACAAAUUAAUAGUUUUCAAAGCGCCCUCUGUGGUGCAUUAGCGGGAGGUUUCGCGGCGGCCGCAACAACACCUUUGGACUUGGCAAAAACACGCAUAAUGUUAUCCGAAGAUUACGCGGAAACGAGGAAAUUACGCGUAAAACCAGUGCUAAGCGAAAUUUACGCGGUUUCGGGGUUACGCGGGUUGUUCGCGGGUAUUACGCCAAGGUGUACGGCAAUUAUGAUUGGUGGUUUUGUAUUUUUCGGCGUGUAUGAUAAGUCCAAAUCGUUUUUUGAAAACAAAUAUAGAUAACGGUAUUAAUUGAGGCUUUUGUAGGUUUUUGAAAAUGUACAAAUUGUAGUGAUAAUGUGAAAUUACCAUAAAAUUUUGAUAAAGGUAGUUUAAUGUAUUUAUCUAUGUUUUUGUUGAAAUGUUAUCAAACUAUGGCAAUGAAGACUUUUAGCAGAAUAUCAAAGUUAGGUAAUUUGAGAAAUUAUAAAGCAUUUGUUAUUAAUAUAGUAAACUGCGAUAGGUUGUAAUGUGAUUUGUGAACUAUGUGUUAAUAGCUAGGUAUAAAUUGUAAAUAAUUUAUGGAAUUGUUGUAUUUAUAAAGAAUAAAAGUUUGUUACUAA